AUGCGGCCGGUACAAUCACGAUAUAAAUCAAUUGAGGACAAUGUGGAGGGGCAACCAACCCAAAAGAAGGAGGACUGGAAGAUUCAGAAAGCGGCGCUGAAAGAGAAGUUUCCGGAUGGCUGGCAGCCGAGAAAGAAGCUGUCUCCGGACGCGCUCGCAGGGAUCAGAGCGCUGCACGAGCAGUUUCCUGAGGACUAUACAACGGAAGUGCUCGCGAACAAGUUUGAAGUGUCCCCGGAGGCGAUCCGGCGAAUCCUCCGAAGCAAGUGGGAACCGUCUCCAGAGGAAGAAGAGCGGCGCCAGGAGAGAUGGUUCAACCGAGGCAAGCAGGUUUGGUCUCGAUGGGCGGAGCUGGGGAAGAAACCUCCUACACGAUGGAGAGACGAAGGCAUUGAGCGGAAGCCUUAUCGGAGGCGGGCACAAUACGAGGAGGAAGAUGAUGGUGGCCUUAGUGAGACGGGCAAUAACCGGCUGAUCGCGCGAAGCAAGCUGGCGAAGAAUCUGAUGUAG